AUGAUGGCGGAGUACCAACACCGUCCAUUGGACAUUACUACAGACCAGAUUCGUCUUGUUCAGCUGUUACCUGGAGACGAUGAACCUUUGCACGUAAAGAUCAUUAUCUGCCCCAUAACAGAAAAAGCUUUCACUGCGCUCUCUUACACAUGGGGUUCGCCUGACCCGAGUCACGCCAUCGAAUGCGAAGGCGAAACCAUCCGUAUCAUGCCAAACUUGCAUCGUUUCCUGCAGCUGCUACGCCGAUCUGGACACCUUGAACCUUUAUGGUUCGACUAUCUCUGCGUCGAUCAGAGAAAUCUCGAAGAGAGGACUCAUUUCGUGUCGAUUAUGGCUACUAUCUAUCACGCGGCACAGCAAACACUUUGUUGGAUUGGGGAUGAAAAUGUCACUCCUUUGCAAGAUCUCAUAUCGAAAACACACGAAAUGGUAGAUUACAAAGGAGCAAUGAUCCAAUGCCUUUCGGAGGUUGAUAUCCUCCACUCAAGGUACAGAAUCGUGGAACGCGACCUGGAAGUUUGCGGGAAAGAAGUCAAAAUGCUCGAUAGCAGCAUCUGGCACAAUCUAAACGCAUUUUUGAAUCACGGUUACUUCGAUAGGUUCGUCAAGUUCUGUUCCCAAUUCUCCGCCGAUUUGCUAAGUUCUAGGCUUUGGAUAAUACAAGACAUUGUGUGCUCCCGGAAUCCUGCCAUAUUCGGCUUGGAAGUGGACAUACCUUGGAGUGAGCUGGCAAAGAGUUUGCUCGCCCUGCUACUUCUCAGUACCAAGUCACAACCGCGGUCUCCAGCGGCCAUGUUCGUGGUCCUUUGUGAAGCUAUGCGAUGUGGGUACUCUGAAGUAGAAGGCAAGCGCAUGGAGUUGGUAGACCUACUCUUAGCACUACGGACCAGACCAUGUCGUUGCUCCGAUUCCAGAGACUACGUAUAUUCAGCUUACUCAAUCGCCACUGUCACAUCUCCAGGUCAAUCACCUGGAAUCGACUAUAGAAUGACGCCUGAAGCAGUCUUCUCUCGAGCUUCCCAGCACUUGAAUCAUCUCUCCAGCCAGCCGUUGAGUCUUUCUCUGACUGACAAUAUCCAUUCGCGUCUGCCAUCCUGGAGUACGAACUGGGAAGCUAGGACGGAACGUUUCCUAUUGAAUCACCCCGCUAGUAAUUUCUCAGCAUCCAGGCGACCGAACGCCGGCGAUUCUUCUGUGGAACCUGUGGUAUCGGCUGGCAAGAUGAGAGCCCAGCGAAUGCGAUGCAAUGGUUUCAUAGUGGACGCUAUUCGACGCACGAGCGAUUAUCUCCCCCCACGGCAUCACUGCGACCACUAUGACGUGAACGAUCACUGCUUCUUCUUUGCCAAUUGGUACGAGUUUGCGACAGAUAAUUUGAACCUUCCCGAAAACGAUGUGUUGCUCUAUUAUGCCGACACCAUCCAAGCCAGAGGUUGUGGGCACGUAUGGGAAAAUGCCGAGAUCACGCCUCAAGACCGCAUGCAAAAAGCACGGGCAUUCCUUGAUUUCCUCUCCAGUGAGGAUGCCGACGAAUCUGAUCUAACAAAUUCGGUUAGGCUGUUUCACGCUGCCUGCUUUCCGUCUCAUGACAGAAGGUUUGCGAUCACCAGAAAAGAUCGCUUUUGCCUUGUGCCCAAAAAUACCCAAAGUGGCGACCUCGUUUGCAUCCCUCACAACAGUAGAGUGCCCUACAUAUUUCGACCACGCACAGAGGGUGGCGGUUUCAUAAACAUCGGGGAGACAUAUGUUCAUGGGAUGAUGCAAGGGCAAUCGAGCGAACCGAAGGAUUGGGAAGAGAAGGAGUUUUCUUUGUACUGA